GUUGCGACAUAAUUGUUUGUAUUGUGCUCACUGAUCUUCAUCGCGGGAAUCAUGAAGAGAGCGCAGAUCAGGGGGCUGGAAAGUGAAGUGUUAGAUUGCAACGGUGAUUCUAGAGAGAGAGCUGAUUUAUUAACAGGACCUUGUUUUGAACCUAGCGUUUUCUUUAGGUGCCAUUCUUGGAGAAAAGCUGGUUUGGCAGAUGUACGGACACAGGUGUGGCAUUGUGCAUUUGAAUCAGAUGUAAGACAUCCUGAACAGACAACAGAUGUGAUUGCUACUUGUGGAGGAAAUAGCAUAUGUUUUAUAGAUGUUAAUAGCGGUUUUGUCAAAAGUAAAUACUAUGCUGAAGAUCCAAGGGAAAUUUUUUAUACUCUCUCAUGGUCUUGGAUUGCACCUGAAUGCUCAGGGAGUGGGAAAAUUAGCAUUGUGGCUGCAGGAGGUACUAGAUGUAUCAUUCAUCUGCUACAUCCAGAAAAUGGUGCACUUUUUUACACUCACAGGCUCAAAUGCCCUUCCAGUGUUGCCAUAACAAGUUUGCUUUUCCACAAAGAACAUUGUGAGAUCCUAUUCGGAGCAAAGAGCGAUGGCACUAUCCUAGUGUGGGACAUUGGAUACCCAGUACCUCCAAAGUAUGCAGUGAAAUUUACUACACUCCAUCAGUUAUCAUCAAAACAUGAAGUAUUUCAACUUGCGUACUGUUUAGAAACUAAAUCUCUCCUGGUAUCAUGUGCAGAUGGUAUUUGUGUAUGGUCCGGAGAUGUCAGAGAUACUAGUCUCCAGGAGAAAGAACUGAAAAUGCCACCAAUGCCUGGCAGUAUUAAUGUCAAUAGUCCACAGCUGGUUGAUUCAAUUGAAGUUCUAGGCUGUGGAAGAAUUGCUGCAAAAUGUGCAUUGCAUGGCGCCAUUUAUAUAUGGAGCUUAGCAGAAACUUUAAAAAGUUGUAAAAGUAGACGCAUUGUGAAAAUACUUCCAGCGUAUACAUUAAAAUGGAGCAACACAGAUAAUUACUUCAUGAACAUGGGAUUUAGCAAAGGAUCAGGUGUGCUAGCAUGUGGAGAUGACGAAGGAAGACUGUGGUUGUAUGACACAAAAAACUUAUUUGAUAAUAGUGAAAUAACGAACCACUCAGAAGUUAACCCAGUGUGUGUUCUUCAGUGGCCUGAUGUUGUAGAUAACAAUGUGAUAAAAAGACAUAAAUGUAAUUUAGAUUCAUAUGACACUACUGUAAUAAACAAAGUUGCCAUUAAUUAUGCUGGAAACUGUAUGGUAGCUGUAACCAGCAACAAUUUGGUGUGUAUUUGGAAGAGAAAAUGACACUGUUAUUGUGGCUUUAAAAUUAUAUCAAAUAACCACCAUUUUGUAAGUAUUUUAAUUAAGUUUGUGACAGCCAUGGGACAGAAUGGAAUUAAUAAAGGAGAGCUGCACUUUCUCAUUGGCAAAGUAGUAAUGUGGUUUAAGAGGAAUACAAAUUACUUUCAUCCUCAAAAAUAUAUUGUAUUAUGUUAUAGACAUAUCAUUCACAAAUCAACUCCUCACUAUUGAAAGAUAGAUAUGAAGCAAUGCAACUGUAUUGGAUUUAGUGUUUUUAUUUUAUGUAAAAGACUGAAGGAACUGUGUAAAAUAUCUUGCACCUGCUGAGAAUCUCAAGAACAAUGAUGUAUGAAGAAGAAAUUGAAGAGAUCAACAGGAGGAAGUGCUAACCCAGAAAACCCUAUUUUGAGAUACUGCAUGUUAUUUAAUCGCUUAAAUUCAAAAAGAACAACAUAAAUAA